CCCACCCCACCUCCUCUCCCUCCCUCCCUCCCCCGCGCCGCGGCGACGGAAAGCCACCUCCAUACAAAUACGGAGGAGGGACGCUCCACCCUCCUCCUCCUCCUCCGCGUCCGCUCCACCGCCCGCCCGCCGCAACCGCAGUGAGUCCCUCCCCACCCCCGCACCUCACCUCAUCCGCCGAAUCGCGCCCCCGCGCCGCGAGGCCGCAAUUGCCGCGAUCGCGCGGGCCGGGGUGUUUGCUGGUUGACGCACCUGCCGCCGGGCUCGAGGGCUAGGGCGCCAUGGGGACGUACCUCAGCACGCCCAAGACGGAGAAGCAGACCGCCGACGGCGACGGCGCCCGCGUCCGCUACGGCCUCGCCUCCAUGCAGGGAUGGCGGACCACCAUGGAGGACGCCCAUACUGCUGUGCCACAGCUUGAUGAACGCACAUCCUUUUUUGCCGUUUUCGAUGGGCAUGGAGGGAAAGCGGUCGCUAAAUUCUGCGCCAAACAUCUACACAUGCAAUUCUUAAGAAGUGCAGCAUAUUGUUCUGGUGAUUUAGCUUCUUCUGCUCGGAAAGCCUUUUUGAGAAUGGAUGAGAUGAUGAAAGGGCAAAGGGGAUGGAGAGAACUGGCUGAGCUGGGAGAAAAGGGGCCAAAGUUCGCUGGAAUGUUGGAGAGUAUAAUUUGGUCUCCCAAAGGUGGAGAUGCAGAUAAACUUGGGGACGGAUGGCACUCGGAGGAGGGUCCUCAUUCAGAUUAUUCUGGGCCAACAUGUGGAAGCACAGCGUGUGUGGCUAUCAUAAGAAAUGAUCAACUGGUUGUUGCAAAUGCCGGGGAUUCCCGGUGUGUUAUCUCAAGGAAGGGUCAGGCUCACGAUUUGUCAAGAGAUCACAAGCCAGAACUUCAGUCAGAAAAAGAGAGGAUUGAGAAUGCUGGUGGUUACAUUGUUGCUGGGCGGGUCAAUGGAAGUUUGAACUUGACAAGAGCAAUUGGGGAUAUGGAAAUGAAGGAAAAUAAGCUUUUACCAGCCGAGAAACAGACUGUCUCAGCUGAACCUGAAGUGAACACAGUUACACUUUCUGAGGAUGAUGAAUUCAUUGUUUUGGCCUGUGAUGGUAUAUGGGACUGCAUGUCAAGUCAACAAGUAGUGGACUUUGUGCACGAGAAGUUGAAGACUGAGGAUAGUCUAUCUGCCGUGUGUGAGAAGCUGCUCGACCGGUGCUUGGCGCCUGAGAGUGGUGGGGAGGGUUGUGACAACAUGACGAUGAUCUUGGUUGUGCUCAAGAAGCCUACCGACCCGGCCGCUACUUCUAGCUCGGAGCAAUCUCCGGUCACGCCUACCAAGCCGGCUGCUACUUCUAGCUCGGAGCAAUCUGCAGUCACCAACGAAGAGAUGCGGCCCAGAAUCUGAGCCCCUCUCCUGUCCCCUUUGUGAACAGCGAGCCUGAUGCCCCAGAGACCCCUUCGUCGAAGUAGCACUCCGAGGCGAAGCAAUGGUCAGAAGGUCGUGACCCGGUCGAAACAGCAGCGCUCCGAGGCCAAGCCACAUGGUUCAGAAAGGUCUGAUCGGUGAUAGACAAAAUCAGAUAGCAGUAAGUGAAGUGGUGUAUAUAACAGAGGGAUUCUAUUCAACAAUUCCCAUAGGGUUUGUUUUUGUAGCCUUUUGUCCAAUAUACAUAGCAGCAUCUUGGUUGGUGGAUAUGGGUUGUGGAUAAAUUGCAGAGCUUUUUUUUCUUCCAGCGAUUUGGAUCUAUCUUGGUGAAUUGCAA